AUGCUCAAUUUUCCAAAGGAUAUGGCGGAGGAGGUGCUCUCUAGGGUUCCAGUGACAUCCAUGAGAAAAGUCCGAUUCGCUUGUAAAAGUUGGAACAGUUUAUCUAAAUGUAGGAAAUUUGGAAAGAUGCACCUUGGAGUAGCGAAAGCAAAGAACGCAAAGAAGUCUAUAGUGGUCUUGAUGAUGGAUUAUAAGGUUUAUUUGACGAGCAUCAAUCUUCACGACGACAAGGCUCAAUCAUCAUCAUGUAUAGAGCAUGAAGGUAAACUUAAUAGCCUAGACAAUUCAUAUGAAGUCCAUGUAUCUCAAGUCUUUCACUGCGACGGUUUGUUGUUAUGCAUCACCAAGGACCACACUAAGCUCGUGGUUUGGAACCCGUAUUUGGGUCAAACCCAGUGGAUCGAUCCCACACAUACUUUCCCCAGAUUGGACUUUUAUUUGUAUGCUCUUGGAUACGACAAUAGAAGCCGCAGCUACAAAAUCUUGAGAUUUAUUGAUGUAUUUUGCCCCACUACCUUUGUUGAGACCAAUAUCUACGACUUUAACUCUGCUUCAUGGAGGGUACUUGAUGUCUCUCCAGACGGGAAGGUAGAUUAUUAUGACCGUGGAGUCUCCCUCAAGGGAAAUACUUACUGGUUUGCUAAAGAGAAGCCUUCAGAAACAAGAGAAGGUGUGGACGAGGAGGCUUUCUUGGUUUGUUUUGAUUUCACAAGAGAGGUAUUUGGGCCGCUUUUGCCUCUUCCUUUUGAGUGGUUUGUUGAAGAUACUGCCACUCUAUCUAGUGUUAGAGAGGAGCAGCUUGCGGUUUUAUUCCAGCGAUGGGACACAUCAAUGUUGGAGAUAUGGAUAACUACUAACAUUGAGCCCAACGACGUGUCCUGGAGCACCAAGUGUUUCUUAGCUCUCAAUAUGACACCAUUUACUUUCUCUGGCUUCCAGUUUCCGGUCACAGCUGCGAGUUUCUUCAUUGACGAGGAGGAGAAAGUCGCUGUGGUUUUUGAUAAAAUCGUUCUAGACGAGAAUGGUUUAUAUAUAAACCCCAAUCGCAAUUUAGCUUACAUCCUUGGAGUGGAUGGAUCCGUCAAAAAAGCAUUUCUUGGAGAUUCUCAGUACAAACAUUGUUAUCCACUUGUGUGCUCUUAUGUUCCAAGUUUAGUGCAACUUAAUAAUUAG